AUGUGCACCAGAAUUCGCAAGGGCAUCAUCAACCCGAACUAUCCGGGCUUCCAGUCGCUCGCGUACACGCUAAACGACGACAACUUCGACUACAGCUCGGAAAACCCAUCCGACGACGACGAGGACUCGUACGUGUCGGAAUCGGACGAUAACGAGAUGAAGCGCCAAGUGCGAUGCCAGGACGAGCGCGACGUGGGCGACGAAAAUGGUAACUCGUUUGGUGGGGUGAACGAUGGCGAGGAAAGCGGCGAAAAAAUGCCCCUGCAUUCCUGCGUGGGUGGAACGGUGGACGCCUCCCUGCAGGGGAUGCUUUCCUUAACCGCAUACCCUCAGCCGGUGACGACCACGCUGGAAUCGGAGGAAUCCUACCAGCCGGACUCGCCGAUUCGUUGCUCCCGUACGCGUCUCAUACCGACUGGAUACGAUUCUCCGAUGCUUACCACCACCACGGCACUCUUUGGACCGGAAGAGAAGCUCGACUCGACGUGCAUUUACGCCUCCACGCCGCCGGAUAUCGUCCUGCAGCACAGCUACGAGUUACGUACAAGUGCGCUCGGAUCUACCAACGAAUUUCUGAAGACUUCAGUGGAGCAGUCCAACACAAUCCAGCGGCCUGACCUAAUACCGGAACAGCAGCGUCAGCUGCAGGAGCAACACCUGCUGCAACAGGACUCGAAGCUCGGGCAUGAUGACUAUGACGGCGAGAAUCACAACGCCCCAGUCUAUACCGAGUGCGAUGAAGUUGUCGAUGACGGCGAUGAUGAAGACGAAGACGAGGGUGAUGACGAGGACGACGAGGAUCAGGAUGGCGAUGGGAAUCGAACACCACCGUCACCAGCGGUUGAGCGUGCCAUUGGUUCAAUCUCCAACUCGAACAGUGCCACCUGCAGCAGCAAUUUCCUUCGUAACGGUGCACUCUCCCCGGACCAGAUGCUGGACGAGACGGCGCGAUGUUACGGAUCCGUAACGGACGUAACGCUGUCAGAUGACUCGGAGCAGGAGUCUGAUGAAGGAGAAUUCGAAUACCACGCACCGGGAGCGGAUAGUGACAACUACGCGUUACCGGCAGACACGGCCGGAAGUCCGGAUGAUAGUACCGACAGUGUGGGAUCGAGUCCCGGCGAAGUGCAGUACCAUCUGGUGGACGAUUGUUCGAACCAAACCGUGCAAAUCACGCGGUCACGCCAAUUCAGCGAACAUUCGCCAACUAACCAGUACCACCUGUUGCAACAAUACUCGAGCCCCGUGGGAUCCGUGGAUAGUGACAACAACCAAGCUCAACGGGAAGAUGCGACGGAACGCGAAAUUAAUCGGAACACACGCUACUGUUCGCUGGAACAUCUUGCUCAAGGGGAACCGUCCUGCACUGCGACUGACAGUGCGUUCCGUGGGGAUCGAAUAGCAAACCAGGACGAACUGGUUUCAACGGACUAUCCCGACGAUCGUUCCAUGAUGUGGAACGUGGAUCGAAGCGGAACGAUCUAUCCGAUACGUUCGGUGCCUACUGUUCCACGUGUUAACACCACACCGUCAGGAGGAGCAAAGAUCUCGGAAGUAACUCAGGCUACCGGCAGCCAAGGCAUCGUUCCGGUCAACCAAUACCAAAAAGUUCCCAAGGUGAACCCGUUCUGCGAACUGUUGCUGCAGGAAACCGACACGUGCGACUUCUUCACCAAACAAGCUAAACUACAGAUCGAGGCGCGGAUGGCGCUGUGUCAAGCGAAGGACAUGGCCCACAUGCAAAUGGAGAUCGAAAAGCGAAGCAUGCCACUAUCUCCCGUAACGCGGGUCAUCCAUACGGCCGUCGAAAAAGCUGGUCUCAGUUUGGCGACCGACAAGCGACGCCUGUCCAGGUACUACCUUACACGGCUAAACGUGCACCAGCUCCAGACCAUCCUCACCGUGUUGCAGGGCCACGCGGAGGUACAAAACGAGGAGUUGGUAGAGCUGUUGAUGGAACGCGACGAGCUGCACAUCAGCCAGGACGCAACAUUGAUCGAUAUUGAGGAUCUGUCGCGAUAUCUUUGUGCCAAGGAACAGACGAUCAUACACGCCGAACGACAGCGCAAGAGCUACCAUUACAACAGCAACCGGACUGCGCAUCAAAAGCAGUCGUCGUUGGCACAACCCCAGUUACGAACCGCUUGUGGAACCACCAUUCCGGCAUAUCGUUACCAUUGAGCGUUCCAAUGUGCAUCAUCCUGUCCGACAGCGCCUGUACUGCACUAGCGAUGCCCGACGAAAAGGCUACAAUUAUAACGAUUAAAAUAGACUCGUAAUCGAAUGGAAGCAGAACCUACAAAUCAAGUGGACCCAAAAGAAAAUAAUACAGUAUAAAAUCACAUCAUACACACACAUGUACGCCCCUAAACACAUCAAAUGGUGGUUUGCAAUGCACAAAAUGUAACAUUCCCAAAGGCACACACCCGCAUUGGAUCGCUUAGUGCAAUGUGAGCACAUCGAAAAGAACAUGUCUCACCUUGUGAUAGUUACGCCUGCUACAACUCUGGACUUACGGUGGGAGUACUGCAUAAUGGAAACAAUCACUUAUCAUGGCAACCGGCACGUUGGGCGCCAGCUCUGACCAUUUCCCAUUUCCCAAACUAAACUUUAACAAUCAACGCUCUGGUGAUAAACGAUAAUACUGCAAAUUGUUGUCUCUAUUUUUCGAUAUCUAAAACCAAAAGCUAUUUCCUAUACUCGAACAAGAAAACGGAAUAUCAACUCUAGUAACACUUCCACCCUUCUCCCUGCAUGCUAUCGAACGUUGCUACUUCCAUCGUUAAAGCGGAUAUUUGUUGCAAAAUGAAAGUGAAAGUUUGA